AAAAAACUGUAACAGCUAGGCUACUUAUUCAAUUGUUACCAAUACUCGAGUAUAGUUUUGUACGAUUAUAUUCAAAAAUGUUUUAAUCGCUAACAAUUUGUAACAUAAAGAUUCAUCGAAACGGAACAAAACAAAAAAACUUCUUUUUGCAACAACUUGAAGGUAAACUCUCGCUUAAAAAUAAAUAAAACAGAAAAUAUGAAGAGCCUUGAGCGAUCAGCACGUAAAGUCAGAAAAGGACAUUACAUUGCAACACAUAACAGUCCAUCACCGCCUUAUGGAUCAACAAAUCGAGCAUAUUUUUCUGAUGGUGAUGACAGUCGAGCACCAUCAGAACGAACUUUAUCAGAAUAUACAAUCACAAAUGAGAGAACUUCACCGCCUAAACCACCAUCAAGGAAGUCUCGAACGAUGGAACGAUCAGCAAAAAAUGGAAUUAGUCAUAAUGGAAUCUAUUCAGAAGGUCCACGAUCACUUUCUAGUCCUCCAACGCGUCAACCGCCACGCGCACCAUCAGCAUUAAGCUAUGAUCAUGGUGGUGAGACAGGAGAUAUUUAUGUGACAAGUGCAGCAUAUAAGACGCCUUCAGAAAUAAGUCGUUACUCGAUGCCGCAUCGGACACAUUAUACUAAGCCACAGAGUGUAUAUUCAGUUGCAAGUAGUCGUAAAAGUAAUCGUACGGGACGAAGUCACACAUCAAGACGAAUGGGAGCAAAGGUUGAAGCAAUGUCUGCUCCAAAUCCCUUCUGUCCAAAUUUACGAGGAGUUUGUUGUCUCAUGUUACUCAUCAAUCUUGGACUUAUUCUUAUCACGCUUGGCUUCGUCAUUGUCAUUCAGUUUGUUGAGCCUCUCUUUGUUUGGAUUCUUGGAAUAGUCUUCCUCAUAUUUGGCUUCGCAACACUCAUCGGCUCGAUGAUUUAUUGUGUGAUUGUAUGCAGAGAUGUUAAGACGCCUUCGCAACUUAAAAAUGAAGACUUGUAUUGGACAAAGCAUUGGCAGAAGAACAUUGGCUACACGCCUCACGAGAUUGACUAUAAAACCGAUCCAGACGGUUAUUCAGUCAGUAAAAUAAGUGGAAAAUAUUCCGAUCGAGGUAGUUCUAGGUAUUAA